CUUGUCUAUCUGGUCGGUCUCCUGACUGCACGCUGGUCCAGUCCAAAGAAGAUGACUUUGACUGGGAGCAGGGAGACACCCGAGACCGAUUGGCCACCCCCUGGAUCCCUGCAGGUGGUGUUUGAGGCGGUCAGCACCGGUCACAGAGGCAUUCUGGCCAUCAAGGACAUCUCACUGCAGGGACACCAGUGCAUGAGCACCCCUCACUUCCUCCAUAUCAAAGGUGUCGAGGUGAACGCAGGACAGACAGCCACGUUUCACUGCACCGUCAACGGACGUCCGCAGAGCAACCUGCUGCUGUACCUGCAGGGAAUGGGCGGUCGGCAGGCCGCGGUACGGGAAACCAAACCGCUGAACGCUCGGCGUUAUGUGGCGAGCUUCAAUGUGGACAACACGACCAAAGGAGACUCUGGACGCUACCGCUGCAUCGCCCAAUCAGAGCGAGGGGUGGGCGUGUCCUCCUAUGCUGACCUCACAGUCAAACAGCCCCCUGUACCCAUCGCCCCUCCUCAGCUGACAGCAGUUGGUGCCACCUACCUGUGGAUACAACUUAACGCCAACUCAAUCAAUGGGGACGGACCAAUCACUGAGCGAGACGUUGAGUAUCGGACGACGGCAGGCAUGUUGAUCGACACCACACCGGUUGAUAAGCCCACUCAUAAAAUAGGGCAUCUGGACCCCGACACAGAGUAUGAGAUCAGUGUGCUCCUCACCAGGCCCCUGGAUGGAGGCACAGGGAACCCCGGGCCACCGCUCAGAGCCAGGACCAAGUGUGCAGUAAAUACCAGGUGGUGGUGGAAGAGGAGCGCCCCCGCAGGCAGACCAGAGGCACUGCAGAGAUUCUGCGCUGUUAUCCAGUGCCCAUUCACUUCCAGAACGCCACGCUGCUGGACUCCCAGUAUUACUUCAGCGCUGAGCUUCCAAUGAGCGAGCUGAGGGCGCCCAUGCCCUUCUGUGUCGGUGACAACAGGACCUACAGUGGUUACUGGAAUGCUCCCCUCCUGCCUCAUAAGAGUUAUGGGAUUUACUAUCAGGCUGUCAGCACUGCCAAUGGGGAGACAAAGAUCGACUGUGUGCGAGUGGCCACUAAAGCCGCUAUAAUCAUCACCCAGCUCACCACGCCCUACAUUCGCAUCGCCCCGGCAGCAGGCGACAAGCAGCUAACAG